AUGACUAAGCCGGAGAUACAUCCCUCGGUGAGGGGAGCCAUCGAAGAGGCGCUUCGUGAGGUGGCAGCUCAGAGGCCGAUGGACCCCGUUGGCUUCAUUGCUGAUCGAUUAGCCGCCGAGACUUCGUUGAAUGUUGAUGAUUAUGCAGCAGCACACAGAGAAAAAAUUCGAGCUAUGAGGCACGAAGUCAACUGGAGCAUUCCGCCCGGAGCAGACCCAUUCGUUUGGGUCCCUGUCGCAUACUGUGAUGACAACUCCAUAGGAGACCUUCGUAAGCGAGCGGAGAAGCUGUGGAAAACGAUGUUAGAUGACCCGGAGCAUAUGAUAGAUCGAGCUGCAUUGGAAGAGGCUUAUCCCGAACUAUAUUACUUCCGAGCCGUGGAUGAUGAGGAAGAUGAAGCAGCCCUGUUCGAUGUGCUAUGUCAAGCCAUCACAGUUAUUUUAUAUGUUCUCACGGCCGACCAAUCCAUCGUACGGUACUACAAACCGUUUGAUGGUGUGGGAGACUACAGGAGAACGGUCGGCAAGUUUGACGAGUACGCUGAGGAUUUUUCUGCCAACUUUAUGAGAGAUGGCAUGGGGCCAAGGGAAGGCGCCGGGAAAUUCUACGCGAUGCUCGCUGAAUGCCCUCGUUUCCUCUCUCUUUUCCCAUCUUUUAAGAAGCACGAUCUAGAACACAGGCUUGUAAUCACCGAAGAUGACUGGGCCGUUGGAUUCCCUCUAUGUGACCUCCCCCGAGGCCGCUUCAUACCGGCGCAGUUUGAGAUACUUCGAGAAGAGGCUCUGGUCCCCUUCCCUCCACUGUCAUUGGAGAUAGUAGUGCAGGCUCUUGUAGCGGAGAGCAUAUACGACCAUUGGGAUGGGAUACUGCCGAAGUUUGAUCCCGAUUUCUUCUGCAUAGAGGUUCAGAUUGCUGCUGAGGUCAAAUUGAGCAGCAAGCCUGAGCAUUUCCUUACCCUGCGCGACAUAUUCAACGGCAAAGUACUGACGGAAGAGCAGCUCGUUACAUUGGUCACUUAUCUCGGUAAAGAUGGACUGUCCCAGCGUCCAGUGCUGCUGCCUGAGGGGUUCGAGGAAUAUUUCGAUGCCUCUAUGAGCAUCUCACAAGGUGGACCAUGUUGGGCACUGGGGGUACCUGCGAGCGACACCCGCUGCCAUAUGUUCGCGGAUAUCUUGGGCAGCGCUAUGAAGGACUUUGGGAAACGGCAUGCCAACGAGUGUAUUCUAAUCAUCGACCUCCACAAGCUCACGGGAAGGAUAGCAGCAUCCCCGGAAGAAUACGAUCCUAAUGCAGGACCCAGUAUUCUGGAGGAUAACAAUUUCUAA